AUGACAGAGAAGCCUCAGCAAAAGACGGCUAUGCCGGACCACAUCGAGAAUCUGGAUCGCACCUAUGCGGAUAUUGAUGUUGUCGAACUCACACAUCAGAACCCGUACCGUGAAGUGAACUUCAUUGGAACUUACAUCGCAGCUCUGCUCGCGUGCUCUGCCAACUUUUCGGGGUUCAUAAUGCCCGUGACAGCCCUUGGACUUAUUGAAGCCGAGCUAGGCGCGUCUCCCAACGCCGUGUGGAUUUCUCUAGGCUGGGUUCUUCUAUCAGGGGUGUCCUUCGUUCUCCUCGGUCGGCUUUCAGACAUCUUUGGGAGACGUUGGUUCUUCACCGGCUCUACCUUACUUUCGCUAGUAGGCGCCAUAAUCGGAGCCACAGCGCAGAACAUCAACGUCCUGAUUGCCGCAUCCGUGUUCCUUGGUAUGGGUUCAGCUGGCCAGAUCUCGUUCAAUUACUCGGUAGGAGAGCUGGUGCCCAUUCGUCAUCGAUUCGCGGCGAACGGUAUCAUCUAUUUUUUCAGCCUUCCAUUCUCAGGGCUCGGUCCUUACAUCGCUCGCCUUCUGAUCGUACAAAGCUCCGCGGGAUGGAGAGGGAUAUAUUAUCUUGUGUGCGGACUCGACGCUGCGGCUGCGAUCCUUUGGUUGCUGUUCUACCAUCCCCCAGACUUUCAGCACUUGCAUCGUGAUCGAACUCUAUCGGACGAACUCAAAGAGUUGGAUUUAGGGGGCAUAAUUCUUUACGUUGCUGGGUUCUUCUUGUUCCUACUCGGUCUUGCAUGGGGAGGAUCAGUGUAUCCCUGGACUUCAGCAUACGUGCUUGCACCGCUGAUCAUUGGGUUUGCCGUUUUGGUCGCCUUUGUUUUAUACGAAUCGCUAAUGGAUCUCCGCCGCCCUCUUAUCCCGAUGCAUCUGUUCCGCCAACUUGACUUUGUGUUGAUGAAUGUUUUGUCUGCUGUCGGCGGCGUGGUAUACUAUGGGGCGAACACACUGUUUCCAUACAUGGUGGGUUCGCUUUACACAAGCGAUCCGAUUAAAGGCGGUCUCGUAGCAAGCUGCAUCGGAGCUGGUGUCUGCGCUGGCCAAACCAUUGGCUCCUGGAUCGCCGUGCCUGGCGGCCAUAUGAAGCUCAAGCUCAUAGUUAUCUCUAGUGGGCUGUGUGCGUUCGUGGCGGCAUUGUCUGGGGCGACAGACAGCCAAGCAAUUGGCUCUGCCCUGGCUGUUUGUGCCGGUCUAAUGGUCGGCCUCUUGGAAGUUAUUGUCUCGACGAUCGUCACGAUUGUUAUCGCCGAUCAGUCCGAGAUUGGUGCUGCGGCUGGAGUCUUCGGAUCGAUUAGAAGCUUAGCGGGAGUGCUCGCGACCGCUAUCUACUUGUCCGUCCUCAUGAACAAAUUAAAGGAAUUCACCGCAAGCGAUGUUGUUCCUGCGGUAGUACAAGCCGGUGUGCCAUCUGCUUCAAUACCAGGUUUCCUCGCCGCGCUUGCCCAAGGAGACAUUGCCGCGCUUCAAAGCGUCCCAGGUGUUACCACACAAGCGAUCGAAGUUGGUGUUGCUACAUUGAGGGAGGCCUAUGCGAAGACAUUCAAGAUUGUGUGGCUUGGAACACUUGCGUUUGGACUCCUUGCAGUUGCCGCCUCAUGCUUCACCAAAGACCUUGACGAAAAGCUCUCCCACGAUGUGGUCAGACGUCUCGGGAUUAACAAGAACAUUGAAGAUGCAGAAAAGUUAGGAGACGAGAAAGAGGUGAGAAGCGAGUGA